AUGGCGCCUCUCAAAAAAGGCACUACAGCCUCGAAAACGAAGUCGUCGACGUCCUCCUCAUCGUCGGUGUCACUGAAGAGAGUCAAGGGAGAAAACUUCUAUCGAAAUGCGAAACAAGUAGCCAGGCUGAAGAUGCUGAACGGGGGAAAGCCAGUUCGAGAUAAAGACGGGAAGAUAAUCCAGGCUGCUGCCUUUCAGAAGGGAGAGGAUGAGACAAAGCCCGGCCGUGUCCAGCCAGAUCGUCGCUGGUUCGGAAAUACUCGAGUGAUCUCCCAGACGGCGCUGGACCACUUCCGCACAAGUCUAGCAUCCAAGAAGGAUGAUCCCUACUCGGUCUUGCUGCGCCGUAAUAAACUACCGAUGUCCCUCCUCGACGAUGCUGCGAAUCCCAACAACCGUAAACGGACGCAUAUCGUGGAAACGGAGCCGUUCGCCGAGACAUUUGGUCCCAAGGCUCAACGCAAACGUCCCCGAGUUGACGCAGGCACCUUUGAAGAACUCAGUAAAAUAGGUGCGGCGGCGGCGGAGCAGGCUGAGGAGGAGGCAACGACCUCGGGGACUCGUAUAAUCGAGCCCCUCGCAUCUACGGUAAUAGAACCCCAGACCCAUGCCGACUACUUCGAACCUAUAUACGCCAAAGGGACAUCGAGGCGGAUAUACGGAGAACUGUACAAGGUCAUCGACUCGUCAGACGUUGUCCUGCACGUUUUGGACGCCAGAGAUCCCAUGGGCACCAUGUGCGAGUCCGUUCUGGAAUACCUGAAAAAGGAGAAAGCGCACAAGCAAGUCGUGCUUGUAAUCAAUAAAUGUGAUCUAGUCCCCAGCUGGGUGACUGCUCGAUACAUCCAACAUUUGACCCCUCGAUACCCUACCAUCGCGUUCCAUGCCUCCCCCAACCACUCCUUUGGGAAGGGAUCCUUAAUCCAGUUGCUUCGACAGUUUGCUCAGCUCCACUCGGAUAAAAAACAGAUUUCGGUCGGUCUGGUCGGAUAUCCGAAUGUUGGUAAAAGUAGUGUAAUCAAUACCAUAAAAAGCAGCAAAGUGUGUCGUGUUGCUCCGAUCCCAGGAGAAACGAAGGUAGUCUGGCAAUACAUCACUCUCACCCGUCGAAUAUAUUUGAUCGAUUGUCCUGGGAUUGUCCCCACCUCUGCGCAAGAUGACCAAACCUCCACGGUCCUAAAAGGCGUCGUCCGUGUCGAAGCCCUCCCUACGCCAUCUGAACACAUCCCCGCCCUUCUCCAACGCGUCAAACCCAUUUAUCUCUCUCGCACAUACGGCCUCCCGCUUCCCAAUCCCUCCGACGCAUCCGAAUGCUGGGAACCAGAGGUCUUCCUGGACCGCCUAGCCAGGAUGAAAGGACGGUUGCUGAAACACGGGGAGCCAGAUAUGGAUUCCGUAGCAAAGAUUGUGCUAAGCGACUGGGUGCGCGGGCGUAUACCUUUCUUCGUGAAUCCACCUGACCGCACGGAGGAGCUUAACGUCGCUGAGGCUCGAGAGGCGAAGAUAAAGUCGAAAACUGAUGUUAAGGGCAAAAGCAAGGCUCGAGAGGAGCGGGUGCCGAGUGUGAAGCAGAAUCUGGGUUCGAUCAUGCAAAAGAAUACGUUCGUUCCGGAGGACGUGAAGCCGUUGGAAGAUGAAUUUACUGGUGAGGCAAGCGACAAUGCAGACGAAGGCGAAGAAGGCGAAGGGGAUGACGCUCCGUCGGGCGGAGAGGAAGAAGCGGAGGAGUUGUCAUGGAAUGAUGUCUUCACUGGUGUCUCAUCGAAAGAGGAAGCUUCGCCAAGCAAAGCGCCCUCUGACGGAGAAGCUGACAAGACCGAAGCGAAGAAAGAGGCGAGAAUGAAGACAAAUAAAAAAAAGGCACAGAACUUCUACAGUUCAGCCAAUGUGAAGAAUAAGAAUAGGGCAAAAGCAGCUACGCUUAGAUCUCUCCCUGUUGGAAAACGUACAGACCGAAAAAGAGGAUAA